CGGAGGGGGAGCCGGGAGCCGGGCUGUCCCGGCGCCCGCGGGAGCUCGCCGCGCGCAGGGGCUGGGACCCGCCGGGCCGAGCGCGCCGGCGCCGCGACCGCAGACAAAGGCGCCGCUCGCUCCCGGGCCGCCGCGCUCUCCGGCUCUGCCUUGGGGGAGUGCUGCACAUAGCAGGAGGGGUGACUGGGCAGUGCAAAGCCUGGAAUCCCCUGAGCAAGCAGUGUUUCAGCUGGCUGGACAGAUCAAAUAACACUUGGGCUGGUUAACAAAAGACACACAAGUGGGAAGGUGUUGGAAGCCGGAGCAUGGAAAUUUACCCAACAUUAUUUCUCUGACAGGGAAGGAGACUCGGUCUGAAAGAUGCCGCAUUCCUGCAGCCUCUCUGGGUCCAGCAGAACACAGUCUUAUUCAGGGUGGCGUGGAUGACGGGGUGACAGAGGAUGCUGCUCACAUCUGAAGCCUCUGGAGGAUCCUGGCUGGGCAGCUCAGCUGCUCUCGGGUUUGGGACUUCAAAAGUGUAACUUGGUACAGAGCUCACGAAAGGUGCUUGGAUUUCUCCAGCUUUCUUUACUAAUGCUCAGCAGACUGGUUUGGGUUUCAGAAUCUAAGGGAGCUGGUGAAAAGGAGAACUGGCAGAGAGGUGGAAAGAAAUCCCUAUGAGCCUCCAGAACCAUUGUUGGAAUCCCAACAUACUACUCGGGACACAGCCUUUAUCAGGCCAGAGGCUGUGAUACCACUGAGCUUUGGACCAUCGAAAGUAAAGGAACACAGCUCAGCCCCAGCUCAGCAACAGCUCUGCAUUUCAGCUAGAAGGAACUUCUUUUAACAAAGAAUUUAAAGGGGAGAGUUUCUGCAUCUUUAUCUUGUGGUCCAUCAUGACAGAAAACAUUACGUUCACGUAGAUAACGAGGCUGGAUUUUCUUUCCAAGAUGCUAUAUUUGAAAGAAUCAUGAGCCACUCUAAGUUUCCAGGAAGGCGCAGGUUACGUAGGAGUUGUUGGCCAGUCUUCCCAGUGCAGGUUAAGAAAUUAGUCUGAGCCUCCAGCUUCUGCAGCUCAGCGAGUAUGGACAUGUGCCACUCUUGUCUCCAGAGAACUGAUGGCAGUGACAUCACCCAGAGAAAAAGCAUCUCUCAGCUUCGGGACUUGACAGAAUGAGGCUUGCUGGGGAAGCCACUAACUGGGACUUGUCCUUUCCUGACUGCCCCUUUGUCCCACGGGCAGCCCCUGACCACUGAGCCAACGAUGGCUGAGAAGGGCGACUGCAUUGCCAGUGUCUACGGGUAUGACCUUGGCGGGCGCUUUGUUGACUUCCAACCCCUGGGCUUUGGCGUCAACGGGCUGGUGCUGUCGGCCGUGGACAGCAGGGCCUGCCGCAAGGUGGCCGUGAAGAAGAUCACCCUGGGCGAUACCCGCAGCAUGAAGCACGCGCUCCGGGAGAUCAAGAUCAUCCGGCGCCUGGACCAUGACAACAUCGUGAAGGUGUAUGAGGUCCUGGGGCCCAAAGGCGCCGACCUGCAGGGUGAGCUAUUCAAGUUCAGUGUGGCCUACAUCGUCCAGGAGUACAUGGAGACCGACCUGGCACGCCUGCUGGAGCAGGGCACGCUGACCGAGGAGCAUGCGAAGCUCUUCAUGUACCAGCUGCUUCGAGGCCUCAAGUACAUCCACUCCGCCAACGUGCUGCACAGGGACCUGAAGCCCGCCAACAUCUUCAUCAGCACGGAGGACCUCGUGCUCAAGAUUGGGGACUUCGGGUUGGCGAGGAUCGUUGACCAGCAUUACUCACACAAGGGUCACCUGUCGGAAGGGUUGGUAACAAAGUGGUACCGCUCACCGCGCCUGCUUCUCUCCCCUAACAACUACACCAAGGCCAUCGACAUGUGGGCCGCCGGCUGCAUCCUGGCCGAGAUGCUCACGGGGCGCAUGCUCUUUGCUGGGGCUCAUGAGCUGGAGCAGAUGCAGCUCAUCCUGGAGACCAUCCCCGUGAUCCGGGAGGAAGACAAGGACGAACUGCUCAAGGUGAUGCCCUCCUUCGUCAGCAGCACCUGGGAGGUGAAGAGGCCACUGCGCAAGCUGCUCCCUGAAGUGAACAGUGAAGCCAUCGACUUUCUGGAGAAGAUCCUCACCUUUAACCCCGUGGACCGCCUGACUGCCGAGAUGGGGCUGCAGCACCCCUACAUGAGCCCCUACUCUUGCCCCGAGGACGAGCCCACCUCGCAGCACCCCUUCCGCAUCGAGGAUGAGAUUGAUGACAUCCUGUUGAUGGCCGCCAACCAGAGCCAGCUCUCCAACUGGGACAGGUACCCCGUGAGCCUGUCUUCGGACCUGGAGUGGCGGCCCGACCGGUGCCAGGAUGCGAGCGAGGUGCAGCGCGACCCGCGCGCGGGCUCGGCGCCGCUGGCGGAGGACGUGCAGGUGGACCCGCGCAAGGACUCGCAGAGCAGCUCGGAGCGCUUCCUGGAGCAGUCGCACUCGUCCAUGGAGCGCGCCUUCGAGGCCGACUACGGGCGCUCCUGCGACUACAAGGUGGGGUCGCCGUCCUACCUGGACAAGCUGCUGUGGCGCGACAACAAGCCGCACCACUACUCGGAGCCCAAGCUCAUCCUGGACCUGUCCCACUGGAAGCAGGCGGCCGGGGCGCCCCCCACCGCCGCGGUGGCCGCGGUGGCCGCGGUGGCGCCAGACGCCGGGGCGCGCGACGAUGAGCCGGCCAGCCUCUUCCUGGAGAUCGCGCAGUGGGUCAAGAGCACGCAGGGCGGCCCCGAGCGCGCCAGCCCGCCCCUCGACGGCCCCGAGCGCUGCCGGGCGGCCUCCCCACCCGGCCGCUCCGCCCCUAUCGACGGGGGCGCCAGCCCCCAGUUCGACCUCGACGUGUUCAUCUCCCGCGCCCUGAAGCUCUGCACCAAGCCCGAGGACCUGCCAGACAACAAACUGGGCGACCUCAACGGCGCGUGCAUCUCUGAGCACCCUGGCGAUCUCGUGCAGACUGAAGCCUUCUCCAAAGAAAGGUGGUGAGGGCCGAGGGGGCGCUCCAGGCCAUCCUGGAGAUCAUGCCGGGAAAGCCGGGCCUGGCAGGAGGGGGCUGCCUCCUUGGCACCUCCACUACCCCAUCCGCCCCUCUCUGCUGCCUCGGGGUUAGCAGAACAUAAGAAGGAUCCGAGGAGCAAGAGGAAUGUCCAUUUCUUAAACUGCCUUAAUAACUAGCCUUUAACCUCUGGGAGCAGGUUUGAACAGGAGCCUAGUUUGGGGGUUGAUCCUUUUCCCAGCAAAGAAGAGGCCCUUGCGUUUUGCUAAAUAGUGGUGCACAGGGAAGAAACAUAUCUUAAACAGCAGUCUGCAGGCCCCACCUGGGUGGCUGUGGGCAGAGGAAUCUUGAAGGCAUGGUGUUGAAACCGUCUGGCCCAGUUAGGCUCAACUGGCCGUUGAGGAAGGACAGUGAGGCGCAGAGGCAAAGUGACUUGCUUAUAAGAUCAGGGCCUAGUCGGUGUCUGGGCAAGCCUUGACUCCCAGUCUCCUGGCCCCCAGGUCGGUGUCUGUCCACAAUACAAUGUCUUCCUCUACUGGGGUCACUCUGGCUUUGUGGUCAGAAAACUUGGUCCAAGAGGUUUCUUCCCUGUCUGUUACCAUCUGACCCACUCCCUGUGCUUUUUAUUCAGAGCAGUGUCCCUUGAAUUCUGAAAUUAGAAACUGAGCCAGUGUCUUUCGCUUCUUCACCAAGCAUAUUUUUUUUUCUGGCGCCUCAAGUAUUUAAAUAUACCCAUCUGCCUCUCCCCCGUAGGAUUUGCCUCACUCCUGUGUGGUCUGAAAUCUGGGUUUCAGACCAGACUAGUUUGGGGUCUGUGGGUAAAAUUACUCGUUCUCCCAGGCCUGGGCACCCACCUUCUCCAGAACUUCCUAUGCACUUUCCUGACACACACGCAGAUACAAAGACACAGCUCUGGUUCCCGAGGGAACUUCAGACAUGGGUGAGUUUGAAGACAGCAAUUCCAAGAACCCCUCCAGCCUGCCCGUCCGCCCCCUAUACACACACCCUCUCUCCAAGCCUACCGUUAAGAACUAAUGUUCUCAGCACGAAUUGCUCACUUGGAGGACAGCAAUGAGGUGCCUGCCACAGAGCAGAUGCAUUAGGGGAGAUUCACCCAUGACCCAUCCGGCUUCAUCAAUACUGCCCCUGAUUCUGAUCAUCCACUUAACCCUGGCAUAGAGCAGGCCCUGAAGAAAUGCACUGGAGAGCAAGGGGUUUUGGGGACAAGGAAUCCAGAAAAGUGGGAGGGUAUGAAAGGUGGGGUGCCAACAGCGAGGGCCCUCAGGGGUCAGGCACCAGCAUGGGGACCCCACGACAAAAGAAAGGACUCGAGACCACCAUGUCCCUCAUAGCUGCGGCCUGGAUGAGUUUGGAGCAGGCAAACCCAGAGCCAUGCUAGCACACACAGCCUGGGGCCAUCAUGUGUGGGCACAGCAGGCCCCCUGCAGAAGCAUAGAGACCAGUCCCUUGGAAAUGCCCUGCCAUCCCCACCACUGGCUCUCCCCGAAGAUGCCCACAGGAGGUCCAGCCAGUCUGUAAACAGAGGAUUCCCUUGUGUUUAUCCUAGGCUGUGUUCACCCUCACCUCAACAGCACCUUAAAUCUAAUCAGCUAACUAGGAUUUGUACAGUGAAACCUGCAACAUGUUAGAAACUUAUUAUUUAAAGACAAUUAAUCAUACUCACCAGUUUUUAAAUGGCAAAUAUGUAAAUAUGAAGUGUUUGGGUUUUGUUUGGGUUUUUUUUUUUUAAAGAAAAGGAAAUGUACACCGCUUCUCAUGAGCCAUUUGUCCUCAGAGGGCGGUUUUACUUUUUUGGUAAAGGAACAAGCUCCUGAUCUUGACCAGAAGUUCAUAUAUAAUUGUUAUCACAGAGGAAUUGCUAUGACUACUCAUGUUUUAAAAAAAUCUAUUAAACGUUAUUACACUUGAUCGAGAUGGGCCAAAUAAAGUUUUAUUGGAACAGA